AUGACUGCAGACACCCACAGCAGAGUCGCCUGCACCUAUACCAACUGUGACCGUUUCUUCAGCUCCGUCAAGGAGAUGAAAAGACACAAGGCCUCAGAUCCACUGCAUGAAUACUGCAAGCGCUGUGACGAAGACUUCGAAGAUGAGGAACGACUCCUCAUCCACAAGAUCAAAAGCGACAAGCACAUCGUCUGUCCCAUCUGUGGAGUCGAGUUUGGUAGCGAAGGUGGUCGUGACGGUCAUAUUCGACAGAACCACCGAUCGGAACAAGCCCUCGUCUGCCGUGGCUGCGGCGACCAAUACAAAAGCGCCAGUGGUCUUAUGCGCCACAUCGAAGAGAACGAGUGUUCCGAGAUCACCAGGACUCGUCUUCUACAGGAGCAGUCCAAGAAACUGAUGAUCAAAGAAGCGCUCCAAGGCGGCGAAGGAUUGCCCAUGCCUGUGAUCCCCGAGCCAGCGGACGUCGACGAUAUCGACGGAGGCGUCAAGAUAGACCUUCUCACGGCAGAAAACCAAGAAGCGAUGCAGAAUCAGCCCGGGAUGUCAGAUUCGGAUGAUCUGCCUGCCCAGUUCUCAGCCAAUCUGGCUCUGAAGCACUGGCCUCGUCUGGGCAAGGGGUCCGCCGAUCGAGACGCCCCAAUGGACUUGUUGAGUUUCCCUGAUCUGUCUGUUGCUUCGUCUUCCAAAGGAAAUUCAGCCUGGAAAGGAAAGGGCAAGGCAGUUGUUGGAUCAGUCAAGGGAUCCAAAUCACAGAAGGGAGGAGAAGUUCGUCCAUUUGGAGCCGGGGUGCCUGAUGCUGGACAGACCCUUCGUAUCUUGGAUGAGCGCUGGGAUGCAACCAACUUCUUCAACUCGUUUAGUGGGAAAUACGUUUGUCCCUGUAACGCGGCGUUCAAGCACAAGAUCGACUUUGAGAAACAUGUCCUGUUGAAGAGCAAAAACAACCGUGAUGUGCAGUGUCCACGUUGUCUUCGCCAUUUCAAGACCACAGCAGCACUCAUUGCGCAUUGCGAAUCACCCAGCACCCGUUGUGACAUCAAUGAUGGCGAGAAAUAUAGCCAGAUUAUCGAUGAGCUGACCGGGGGAAUGAUCCAAGCGGUGGGAUACAAUACCGACGGCACUGUCAAGUACGAGGCUGGGAAAUUGGAGUUGCCCAAGACUACCACCGUGGGUGUCAAUUUGCAACAAGUGACCAGGAAGUAG